AAGGAGGAGCACUGUACAGUGGUAGCAGUAGGUCGAAAUUCCACGCGGGGCAUCAAUGUCGAGAGAGAUUCCUUCUCUUGCGCCCUAAACCCCUCUCUCUCCCCUCGACGCGCUCUCUCGGUGGGAAAGUCUAGAGAGAGAAAGUUUCGCCAUUUCAGCAAAAGCUCCAAUUGGGAGAAGGAAUUGGCCUAUAAAAAAAGUCAGACCUGAGCCUCAACUUUUGCUCUGUUAGUGGAAAUCUCGUCAGACCCCCGCCCUCUGCUUUUCCCUCAGCUUUCUCCGAUCGCCAGUUAAAUGUGACAACACGCGCCUGCCGCAAUUCUCUCUCAAUUUCCGGUGGGAGACCCUUCAAUCUCCAUAAGAAGUACGGGAGUCGGGGCGGUGUGCGUUAUUCCUUCUGAUGUUUUAUUUACCAUUACUGUCUCGCACACCUAACAAUUUCUCCCCGUAUAGACCACCAUUGCUCUUCUCAAUCUCGUACAUUUUCCUCCCCUCCGAUGUUUUCUUCAUAUGCUGCUUUCAUUGCCUUAGAUUUCGCCUAAAAAUUUGACCUUUCGGGAACCCUGCUCCCAAAAUCCUUGCUUCCACGAUUCUUACCGAUUCCCCAACUGCGUAAAAGGCUGAGAGUUGGGAGUUUCUCGGGUGGUAGUUAGUAAAUUGAGAGUCUUGAAAGAAAUGGCGGACAGAAAUAGGUUGGCUUUGUUCGAUGAUUUGCCCUCGCAUUUGAUUUUAGAAAUUCUGAGCUGCGGCCGGCUCAGUGUGACAGACCUCGUGUACGUAGAGUUGACUUCGAAGGUUUUCGGGGGUAGCCAUGGGUUGUAUCCCCAUAAAUUCCGGUCCUUGGUCGAGUUUGCAGCAUUUCAGCUUUGUAGGUCUCAUCCUUUAUAUGCACCUAUGAGUUUAAAAUCCAAGAAAGAGAUCUUUGACCGCUGCGAUGGCAAUUGGAAAAGACUUCUGAGGUUCCUGCAAUCUGUGGAGCAAUCAUCUGACAUGGUCGUGACCCCAGCAGGCAAUAUGCAGGUUACAACUGGGAGAUAUCAUACUUUGCUACUUCACGAAUCAUCUGUGUAUUCUUGCGGAUCUUGUUUGUCAGGUGUACUCGGUCAUAGUGCUGAAAUAACACAAUGUGUAGCAUUCACCCCAAUUAGUUUUCCAUACCCAGCUCAUGUAUUGCAAGUGUCGGCCUCCCACAAUCAUGCCGCUUUCGUCAUGCAAUCUGGAGAGGUUUUUACUUGUGGGGACAAUUCAUCCUACUGUUGUGGACAUAGAGAUACGGCAAGACCCAUUUUUAAACCUAGGCUUGUUGAGGCAUUGAAGGAUGUUCCUUGCAAGCAGGUUGCUUCGGGACUCAGUUUUACAGUCUUUCUCACGAGACAAGGCCAAGUAUAUUCAUGUGGGAGCAACACGUACGGCCAACUAGGUCAUGGAGACACUUUGGAGAGGCCCACGCCCAAAGUGCUCGAACAAUUCAAGUCCAUGGGCCCUAUAGUGCAGGUUGCUGCUGGCCCGAGUUAUGUCUUGGCUGUAGCAGAGAGCGGCACAGUCUACUCCUUCGGGUCAGGGCAGAACUUCUGUCUUGGCCAUGGAGAACAGCACAAUGAGUUCCAACCACGUCAGAUUCUGUCAUUCCGGAGGAGGGGGAUCCAUGUAGUUCGCGUUUCUGCUGGGGACGAGCAUGCAGUGGCACUGGACUCUAAUGGACUGGUCUAUACGUGGGGAAAAGGUUAUUGUGGUGCAUUAGGGCAUGGAGAUGAGAUUGAUAAAACGACUCCAGAGCUCAUAGAUACCCUCAAGAGCCACAUCGCCGUGCAGGUCUGUGCUAGAAAGAGGAAAACCUUUGUUCUCAUCGAGCAUGGCUUUGUCUAUGGCUUCGGAUGGAUGGGCUUUGGUAGCUUGGGGUUUCCGGACAGAGGAGCAUCAGACAAAGUCUUGAGGCCGAGGGUCCUCGAGUGCUUGAGAAGCCACCGCAUUUCCCAGAUCAGCACGGGGCUUUAUCACACCAUCGCAAUAACAGCCACGGGAAGGAUGUUUGGGUUUGGAGACAACGAGAGGGCACAGCUCGGGCACGAUAUGCUGAGAGGGUGCUUGGAACCGACCGAGAUAUUCAUCCAGCAGAUGGAGGAGGAUGACACGGGCAUGGUCACAGAAACUGCAUGAUCCAGGUUCUUUGGUCAGUUUUUCUUCUUGUACUUCUAAUUAGUGUAUGUUGUGCUGAUCUAUCGUAUCCGUGUCGAUUAUGUUGCUGGGACAAGUCUUAAGUAUGUGGCAUAAUAACCUCUCAAUGCUCACAUUUGCUUGCGCAUCUCUUGAAAUUCAUUCGCUCUGCCAAAGUUACGAACUCUGCAUCAUUGGUAGAGCUGCCUAUUUCGUUGUAAUUCCUGCUCUGUUCUGUAUUAGCUUUGAUUUCAAUGUUCUCUCUC